UUGUCACUAAACCAUCUUUGGCGACUGUGAAGUGUUUUGUACCGUAAAUCAGUGAAGAGCACGUAUUUUCUAAUAUUUUGUUUGUUAAUCAGUAUAGUUUCAAUUCAGCAAUGUUCUAGUUAGUAGUAUCAUUUGUGAAAAAAUUAUUCUUGUGUUUCUGCCGCCCAAACGAAAUUUAGUUUAUGUUCAUAUCGUAUUGCAUCGAAGACAGUAGAUACCAGAUUAGUUGGGCUUCCCAAUACACCGAGAGUCGAAGACUAAAUAAAAAAUCAUCGUGAGGUAGCUGAAACAUGUACGCAUCCCUGUCAAGAUCUGUGUGAAGUCAUUGGGUCAGCCGGACCGGAAAGUGAGCAACCAUGCACAAAUUGAAAUCUUCACAGAGAGACAAAGUCAAGAAAUUCAUAGCUUUUACUCAAACUGGGGAAAAUACAGCUAUAUUUUGCUUAUCGCAAAAUGAUUGGAAGUUGGAUUUGGCCUCCGAUAAUUAUUUUCAGAAUCCUGAUGUAUACUUCAGAGAACCGAAGAUAUCUGUUGACAAGAAGAAGCUGGAGCAGCUAUUCUCCAGAUACAGAGAUCCAUUGGAGCCAGACAAGAUGACUGCCGAUGGUAUUAUGAAGUUUUUGGAGGAACUAAAUUUAUCACCAGAAUCCAAGCUUGUACUAAUUAUUGCGUGGAAGUUUAAAGCUGCCACACAAUGUGAAUUUACAAAGGAAGAAUUCAUGAAUGGCAUGACAGAACUGGGGGUGGAUAGUGUGGAGAAACUCAAAGCUAGACUGCCGUCACUUGAAAAUGAGCUCAAGGAUCCAUUAAGGUUUAAAGAUUUUUAUCAUUUUACAUUCAACUAUGCCAAGAAUCCAGGACAGAAAGGCUUAGAUCUUGACAUGGCUAUUGCUUACUGGAAUAUAGUUCUACAAGGAAAAUUUCAAUUUUUAGAUCUGUGGUGUAAGUUUCUGCAGGAACAUCAUAAACGUUCAAUACCUAAAGAUACUUGGAAUUUACUUCUGGAUUUUGCAAUGAUGAUAAAUGAUGAUAUGUCCAACUAUGACGAAGAAGGUGCGUGGCCCGUACUUAUUGAUGACUUCGUGGAAUAUGCACAGCCGUUGGUAUCAGCGGGCACUGCUCCACAGAACACUCAAGUUUAACACUGCUUUUGUUUAUAGUGUUAACAAAAAAAAAAAAGUGUGCAUCGUGCUAUGUUUCAUCUUAACAUUGUUCAGAUUGUCUCCCAAAAACUUGAGAAUAGGAAUGUCAAGAAGGACAUGUGUUUUGUGUAGUCACAUAGCAAAUUCAUGCUGUGCAAGUACCUGCCAUAAACGAAGUGCUUCAUAUUUUCUGACUUGAUACAUUUGUUAAAAUGUUGUCAGUGCUUUCUGUUGUUUUGCAGUUUUAUCUUUGUUUCCUGUAUUGUAAAAAAACGAAAAUUAAAAAUAUAUAUAAUUUUUUAAAAAUUAUACAAAUGACUUUGAUGCUUGUUGGAAAGUACGGGACUAAUUUUCAGCCAAAAAUUGCUACUUAUAGUUUAAACUUACCCUGUCAUGAAGGCUCAGAGCAUGUGAAAAAAAAGGAAAUGCUUAACAAAAGUGUUUGCGCAGAUCAGAUACUUACCUUAUGUUAGUUAUUUGAUACAAUGUGUAUGAUAAUUUAGCAGAAAUGUGAUAUAUAUUUUGAGAGAACCCCCUUGUUUUUUAAGUUGGUAUGUUUUGAGAGAUUCUGUGGUAUUAAAAAUUUGAUCUCCAGUGUUUUGUAACUGGCAUUUUUGCUUCCUACAAUGGAGGAAAAUAAAAAGGCCAUACUCAUAAAGCAGUCCAGUUGCUGCACCAGCAGAUAUGCUUUAUUAUGUUUACAGUAUAGGGAAAGUGCAAACUCUGAAAGAAUUAUCUUUCCAUUUGUGACUUCUUGUCUCUCAUAAACAUUAUAAUUUAUUUAAAUAACGUUUUCCUUAAUUAUCUUAAGGAGCUCUUUUGUUAGUUAAUCUUCCUGAACUUAUGUGAUGAAGGUUUUACAUAUCAGGCACGCUCUGUUAAUUUAUACUGCUAUGUCCCAGUUUUCUCACUUGCUCAAAACAUUUUUGUGUCUCCCGGUGACAAAAAUUUAUUGCAUUAUUAGCCACUCCGUUCUGCUUUUGUAGAAUGUAAUGUUUAUGUGAAAAACAAUAUUGUAUGUGAGAGGAGGAUAGAGUUCAUUCAGGUAGUAUUGAGUGAACAUUAUGUUAACAUAAUGUUGGACUGUUAUGCUUUAUGAUUGCUUCGUUUAGAACCAUCCAUGGUUCCCACUAUUGAUUUUUUGCACAGCUAGUGGAAUUGAUUGAAUAAUAACAUUAAUGACUAUGGUAGAAAAUACAAUUGUGCCUGCAAUUUUCUGUGUAAGAUGUUGGCUGGUUGUGUCUGUCUUAAAAUAUGGAAGUUCUCUAGUAUUUAAACACUUUUUUGUGCCUUUGGAAAUUUCUGUUCCAUAGCGUAAUUAUUUUGUUAGGGGCUCUGGUAUCCAUAUAACAUAGAAACUAUUAAAAACAGAAGAUGAAAUUGCAAGUAUGAUGAAUUUACAACAAUUGCAUAUUAGUGUUUAUGUAUAGUUUGAUUGUUCUGGGCCUAGCGCCUUUUAGUUGCUAUUCCUACGCACAUCACAGCCUGAUACAGAGUACAUUGUUGACUCUUAACAGCAGGUGUUCAUUGUACAGUUUUUUUCCGUCAUAUGGUAUUUCAAGAAAAAAGAACAUUACCCAUUGAUUUGAUUCGUUAUCCAAGUGCAAUCAAGAAUCUUUUAUAUGGGAAUCUGAACUAUGCAUAACAGUACUUUUUACUGGCCAUCAUCUAGUGAAAUUGCUAAAUAUUUGGAGUUUAAUGAUUGUUAUCUCAGUUUUUAUGCAUGCACAUUUUUUUAUAGCAUUGAUGUUUAUUAAUUAAACCCAUCAUUGAGUGCAAUAGUUUGUUUUCUGAACUUAUGUGCAAAAGUCAAAAUAACAUGUCCUUCAAAACUUACCUUAAAGUAAUGAAGGUUUUUAAACUUCAGGCCAUAAAUUAGUGAAAAAUGAUUAUUUAAUUUUAUCCCCCCCUCCCUCUCCCACCCAGACAGAAUUCCCCCUUCCCCUCUCACUGUAUGUUUAUCUUAGCUGUUAUUUGACAUUGUUUUGUAUUUCUGGAGAACUGUGGUACUGUUAUACACUAAAUAGUGUGUAAUAAAUAAACUACAUUGAAAAAUAAUUAAGAAAUGGAAUGGUUGAUGAAAAGAAAUUCAUAAGGAAAUGUUUAAUCAGAUACCACAAAAGUCAACAGAAAACUUUCAAACAAUUGAAAAAAAAAAGCAUUGAAUUUCACUUCCUUGGAAAUGAAAGAUCUUUCUUUACGAGCAACCACACUUCAGAUUUUUCCUAUCUCAGCUUUAGAAAAAGAGGUAUUUUUAGCUCCAGGAGAUACAUGUCACUGUUUACUUAUAGGUACUUCUGCUAGGCUGUGAUGUCAGUUGGUAGUGAAUGCAAAAUUUUGUCAUGCAAUAUUAUGUUAAAUAACUUGAUUUCAAUUCACAUUCAGGGGGAAAACACCAACAAUUUCAUAUUUGUACCGUGGCAUAUUUAUGGAAUCUGUAAUAAUGAUUUAAUUUUUAUCACUUGCAACAUAGUUCCAAAUUAUUGCCCAUAUGAUCCACAUGAUGAAUGUUCUUGAUUUUCUGUUGAUAUUAACUGGAUAUGUGAACAUGUGACUUACAAGAAAUGGUAUAUUUUGCUCGAGGAAAGCUUAUAUCAAUUUCACCUGCUUUUAAUUGUACUGUAGCUGAGAAUGUUUCCCUAGUAGGUUAUUGUUAACUGUCUUUGCUUUUGAUUAAGUCUAGGUUAAUUGAAUGACAGUUAACAUUUUGAACUGAUGGUAGGUUAAUUGAAUGACAGUUAACAUUUUGAACUGAUGGUAAAAUAAUAUGUAGUCAAGAAUUUUCAAGCUUCUGGCAGAAGCAGAGCAUUUGAUUCUAAUAGUCAGUCAGAAAGUACAUUUAUGUGCACAAAAGUAUUCCUUUGGAAUCUAGUACAACUUCAGUAAAAGUUUUUGGCAAGCGCAUUUUCUAUAGAUUUGUGCACAGCACUUCUUUAUCAAUGGUGUAAAAUGUAAAGCGAAUCCAUUACCAGUUGUAUCUAAUUACGUUGGUCCCUCUGUCACAUAAUGGUCUGCAAAAGUUCUGUACUGUAUACAAGAUAUCUAUCUUACUCAAGCUAAUUAUAUGUGAUAAGUUAUUGUUCUGGUCAUUUCUUCUCCAGUUGUUAUUUAAUUUUAUUCCAGAAAGGAUCAUAAUUGUGUUUGCUUGCCCUUUGAUUAUGUUUGUUUUGUAUAGUGAUGUAAUGUGUCUUUUGACAAUGUAUCAUGUUGCACCAUUGCCUAGUGUUUUCAAGGACUAUAUGCAAACAAAGUAAUGUGGUAUUUGAUUGUAUCAUGUAUCUGUCGAGUGAAAUAAUUCAUUGUAAAGCUUAGAAAGUCUUCUGUUUUAUUCAGUUCCCUUGGAAGAGACUGAAUUUGCUCAUGUCUUAUGAAUCGUUGUAUUUUACUGUUGUAAUCGUUUUCACAAUAUCACUAUUUUUGGUAAUGUAUCACUAUGAGAUUACAAAUUUUUUUCAAGUCUUGUACCCUACAUUUCAUCUAGAUACCUCAAUUUUUUAGCUUCAUAUUAUUAAAAGUAACAGUGUGGUGUACGAAGAAUUCAUUUAACAGUUGGCAUGUUGUUAUGAACAACAAUAUGGAGAGAGAAUUUAAUUUUGUAGAUUUCUUUGUAUUCUGACAGAGGCAUGUUUCAGUAGAUUACUCGUGUACAUAGCGCAGGGCUUAAAAAACAUUAAAAAUAGUUAAUUUUCACACUAAUGAUGUACAGGCAGAGUGUUACCGUGUGCAUUACGUUUGAGAUAAAUUUUUGUACUUGCAAUGUACAAUGGCAGUCUUAUGUAUAUUAUUUCAUUGUUACUCCGCAAACCACUGAAUAUUCUCUUUGAAUUGGGGGAGUACAGGCUUUUGUAGAAGGCGUUUGAAAAAAAUUGUUUUGCUGUAUUAACUAACUCGUGUGGGAGAGAAAGUUGGACUUGAUAAUGGCUCACUGAAAAUUUGAAGGGUGCUAAAUAUUUAUUCAGUUAUUUGUUACUUAAAGCUUAAAGCAUUGCACUGCAUACAUUUUUGCAAUUGCCGUACAUUUUUAUGUUUGUAUGAUGUAAAAUCUUAUGUGGAGUUGUGGAUAAAGAAUAGUUUUAUUUGGAUCCUAAAUAAUCAAUUUUUGUUGGUUGUCAGUACAAAAAUUUUAUUACUUCACCACUGUAUUAUGGCAGUACUUAAACACCACCAAAUAAAAGCUCAAUUUUCUUGAUAAGUAGAGCAGCCACAUGAAAAUUAAUGUUUCAUGUGUGUGUGGUGGCAGCAUCAGUGUUAAAAAUGUGCCUCGUGUUGUACACCAUAACAUGAAGAGACUAUAUUGAAUCUUUGAGUAGGUACAGUGUAGACUGAAUUUGCAAGUGCUUCUUAACAGUUCCACCUUUUUUCACAAUGGCUGUUGACCCUGGUAUUCAUGACAUACUUAAUUAGUGCUGAAUCAUGAAAUUGUUCAUCUCGAAGUGUUUCACCAAUAAGAGUUGUGAUAUAAUUUAUAUUUUCCAUUGCACAUGGAAAUGGUUUGUUAUAACAAAUAUGUAGAACAAAUCAUGAAAUUGUAUAUAUUGUACAGACUACUGGAAUGAUUCAGUAAUUAAUAAAAUGAUCCUGUUGUUUUUCAUGUU